AUGAACGUCAGAUUCUGUCAACCAGAUGUAGAAGACGAUUUUAUCAAGAAUGGUCGGAGAAAGGCGAGGAUUGAAAUCGGCGAUGGGAUAGUCCUGGACAUUCAGCCGGUUGAGGAUGAAAAGAUGAAGCAAGCUGCAUUGUCGCAGUUGAAAACACGAAUCGCCCACGAAGCCGCUUCAGCGAUAAAAGCUGAACCAGAAAUCUUGGAGUCGAUGGGAGAGUUCUUCAGAGAGUCUGACUUCACAAAACAUGAAGAAUUCUGUGCUCGCCGAGAAGAGCAAGGGGACGCUCUGGAAUCUGUUAUCGAAAAGCUUAUCCAACUGCCACCGCUUGAUCUUCCUGCUCCUGAAGAUAUUGAAAUCCUAGAUCUGCCAAUUCCAGACGAUUUCGGAGAGAUCGAUCGACUGAUUGCCAAAGAGGUGGCAAAUGCAACGAAAGAAGAGAUGCUCCGGGCUGAGACGUUCGUCGAUAAAAUGAUGGCUGAUGCUGGUACCCCACUUUCGUCGGAUACUCUUCUUGAGAAAAAAGAGAUACGAAAAGAUCUGAACUAUAAUUUUGAGGGUUUAUCAACAAAACCAGCUUGGAAUAACGAAAAGACAAAGAAAUUCGUUUCGAAGGAACUCGCUAACCGACCGGCAAUGGGUUAA